UUUUCACUUUCGGCAGUCUUGCGAGGAGUGUGCGUUGUUUGUGAUCCGUACGGGUACAAAGUUUGUAUUUUUCUCGUAAAUUUGAUUUUAAAAGUGUUGAAAAUUAGUCGCGAGCUAGAGCUUUUACUAUUGACAAGAUUUAUAAACGUUUUUCGUAAUGAAAAAUAGGUGAAAAAUUGAUAUUUUGCUACUAAAAAGAUUUCUGGUUCGUGUGUUUGGUGAAAGGAUUAACGCAGAUUCGCGACUACGAACACGGUGUCCAUUGCGUACGAUUAAAGGCCGAGAUGAGCAGCCGGAUGGACAAUCUGGACGUUCUGACGGACGACGAGUUGCGGCAUCGUUUGAUGCAGUAUGGCUUCCAGAAUUUGCCCAUCACAAGCAACACUCGGAAGUUGCUGAUCAAGAAGCUCCGCAAUCACAUGGAGAAUGAGAAAGGAAAACUGAGGCGCGAUACGAAUUUCGCGACGCGCUACUCAUCCGGGGAGGAAUCCGACGGAGAAAAACGUUCGACGAAGAGUGCUGGUCGUAGAACGACUACUGCGGCCAGUGCUUCUAGGUCGACGAUGCCACCGCCGGCGAUGCGGCCAACCAGCCGACGGGCCACCACCAGUAGCAGCAUCAGUUCUACCAUAUCAAGAAACAGCAGCCCAUUGACGAAUAACAACAACAAUAACAGCACCAGUCACAACAAAUCGAUUUCUCCGGGAUCCAGUCGGAGUGCGGUGUACAUUUCGCCAGUGAUUAUCAACGAUAGUGAAGAGGAGGAUUACUCCGGCAGUUUGAGGACAACAAAUCGUGUUUUAGGGACCCAAUCACCAUCGGCAAGCGCAUUGUUUCGACGAACUACAACUGCCAGCGCCUAUUCGACACCUACACGACCUGCUACAGCGGCAGCGAUAUCCCCUCUAUCAACAACUACGAUUCCAUCUGCCACCACCAGCUUUCGAGCUACGAUUGGCGGCCUUGGUUCCACACCCAAUUCCGGUCUGGACCUGAACAGUUCGACCAACUCCAACGGAAGCGCAUCGGAUUCACCCUUUGUCAGUGAGUACACCAAACGGUUACUGCAGCUCCGCGGUGACACGGUGUCCCACGAAAACUAUAACAACGCCAUCGGAAAUGCUAUAGCAAGUGGAAUCAGUACUGGUGCAAGUCCCCUCACCACCGGAAGUAAUCUCAGCUUGAAUCACAGCGGAGCGCCGAUCAGUGGGAAUCACUUCCGCAGUCGGUACAGCAGCUACGCGAAUCGGUAUGGUGUUGGGAAUCAAGCUGGUGUCGAUGGCAGCGGCGGCAGCAGCAACAGUAGCAGCGGAACAUUUAACGAAAAUGAUAUUGUGACACAUGCUCAACCGGAUCCGGAACCACCGCAGAUUCCGCUGCGAGUCGCAAUGGGAAAUUUGAUUUCUAAGCUGGACGAACAUUACGGUUUCAAGCAGACGUUCAUCCCGUGCGCGCUGUUAUGCCUGUUUAUUGCCUUUCUUGUGUUUGUGGCCUUCAUGUAUAUGACCAUCAGUACGGACAUUGCCAGUACACUAAGUUCAAUUGAUACGAGGUAUGAUCUAUGUGACAGCACAAUAAAAGACACAAACAAAUGCGUUUCCCAGUCGGAGCUCGAAGCAGCGCUGGAGCUUUUGAAGGUCGUUGGAAGCGAACUGAAAAGCCAAGCAGUACACAGCAAAUGCGUUGAUUCUAACGUCCCAUACUGGAUUAGCGCCAACGAGGUGCUGAAACUGGCCAAGGAGCACAGCCCAAACAUUCUGAUCCCACAACUGGCCAAGCAUCUGCACACGAUGGAAUACCUGAUCGACCGAAAUCCUCAAUGGGGGAUAAACCACUGUGACCAGGACGGGAACGAAAUUGACUUCUUAGAAGUAAUCCGCAGGCGACCAACCAAGAGUAAUUACUUUGCCAUAUUGCGACCGAAGUUACCGUUCACGUGCAUGCUAUAUAACAAGUUCCACACUUUCUUCGUGAUAAUUGGCGUUCUGGGAUUGGUCGGUAUAAUUACAUAUCUGGUUAAUUAUUUCCUUAAAUUCGUGAUCUACGUGAAGGAAAAACGCAAAAAUCAAGUAAAUGUUUUAAUUAGUGAGAUUAUUCAAGCGGUAAGCCAGGCCGCAAAUGAACAAUCGGAUGAAGCUGGCGUAGUCGUGGUUAAUCAUUUGCGGGAUAGGUUGAUCACACUUGAUAACCGAAAGAAACUGGAAUGGGCAUGGGUGGAAGCGCUCCAGUUCUUAGAGCAAAACGAAAGCCGUAUACAGUUUGAAGUUGGGAACCGCGGAGGGGAAGACUUCAAAAUGAUGCGAUGGAUCGAUAUUGCGCCAUUGCCCUCAACCACUCGUCCCGUGCCAGGGGGCGCCAAGAAGUGGCAAAGUCCUGCAUUUGAUAACACCAACAAAAUUCCAGAUCCACCAACGCCUUGUCUCAAAAUUCGGCAAAUGUUCGACAAGUACGAAGUAAACGAUCCCAAUCUUAAAACCAUUGUCCAGGACGCCAUUCUGGAAAAGGUUGGAGUGCGGUGCAAAAUUUACGAUAUCCAACUGGACAGGAGUUCCUGCUGCGUGUACGUUCGCUGCGCUUCAGCCAAGGAUGCCGGAAUCGUACAUGACGAAAUCAACGGAUGGUGGUUUGAUAAUCGAUUAGUUUCGAUCAAAUUCCUGCGGCUAGAACGUUUUCUGGUUCGGUUUCCGCGCUCAGCCGGCGGUCCAACGUGUCUGAAGCCUUCGAAUCGUAACAACAGCUCAAUGUCACAGCAGGCAGACCGGUUACCGACGAAUCCGCUGGAACGGGACGAUGAUGAGGAAGAAGAAGAGGAUGAGGAUGAUCUGGAGCUCGAACAGGAGGCCGACUGCUAAGUUGUUUUAGAUUUUAUUUUGUUUACUAAUUCUUGAAUAAUUUUAAUUGUAAAUUAACCUGGUUGCUUUAAAUGUGGAGCCAUUCGAUCGAAGAAUUGUAACAAAUUGUAGCGAUUUCCCAUCAAUUUUAUCAAAUUUUCCAGGAAUAUCUAAACGAAGUCAAAAGGUUCUUGAUACCUAUCUAGUAUUUUUUCAUUCACUAAUAACUUCUGACGUACAUGCGCCGCCCAUUGAGAGUGGCCAUGUUUUUUUUUUAUGAAUUUGACAGACAUGUCAAGCUGAAAUAUUUCCCUAAUUUCCCAUGUGUUAGGUUCUCAGGCCGCGUAUUCAUUAGGACUAAAUUUCUUUCCCACGGCAGCUCUGAAAGUCAACUAUUUGACAUGUGUAGGUAUAAUAGAGGUCGCUUAAGACAGACAACAUAAUAACUUCCUCUAUGACACGUAAAGUUUGUGUUCCGGGUUUAAACAAGCUUAUGUACUCAUUAUAAUUAUACUCGUCAGCAAAAAAUUGGAACGCCAAAUGUUUUGUAACUCUUUUUUGAGAUUUUUUAGCAGUGAGCACGAAAAAUGGCAAUAAUUAAAACCGCAUCAUUUUUUUUUCAAAUCGAUAAAUGUUGGAGUGUGUCAUUAAUUUAAUUAACGAUUCAAAUUCUCUAUAUGUUCUCUUGUUGGGAUAUGAUGAUUUAAAAUAAUAUUCUUUUCUUUCUAAUUAGAAUGUAUUGCCUAUUCAUGGUUUCAAGAAACCAUUACCAUUAGUGUAUCGGCAGAUAUUCCGCGCACGUUAUUGCACUUCGGCAUACCCAUCUAAAACCGCAAUUGCAUCUUUAGGUUUAAUGCCAAAUAGCUACAUCGUAAAUUCUCGAGCGAUUACGGGGGAGUUUUGGCAAAAUAAUGUUUAAAUCUUUGGUUUUUGAGACUGUGCCGGGAAUGGGAUCCUGCCGGCAAUAUCUUCCAUAACCCUACACCCUGGUUGGAAUAUAUGUAACGGAAGUCAUGUUAGAUAAUCAAAAUCUGGAUUCCCAGCGAUUAUAUUGCGUUGAAAUCGGUCCAGCUCAAAAAGCCAUAAUUGUCAGUUAUUUGUUUGCAUUUUUAUUGCCCAUGCCUAUUAUUUCAGUUGGAAAUAAUUUUGAACUUGUAUAGAGUUUCUUAUAUGGCUUCAUAUUUUUCCUCACCAUGAGCAUGAGCAAUCACAAAACAUAUGAAUAACUUUCAUUGAUUGAAAAUUUAAUUCAUUUUGAGCUGGAAGAGAAAAUAUCAACUCAUAUAUAAUAGCUAGGAAUCGAGAAGCUGAUCCGUAAACAUGAUAAUUUUGUAUAGAAAUAAACUGCCGUGAACCGCAUAUUUGUCCCAUAUGAAUAGGAAAUCCAGCAAAGAUGGGACAGAUAUGCGAUUCGCGGCAGUAAAUGUCUGGCGUUAUAUGUUUUGCAGUGCAGUGUAUGUAUUACAAUUUAAAAAUAUAAACAGAAUGAUAGAAAAGAAUUUCACAUUUGAUAUCUUGCAUUCCUGAACAUUUGUAAGAAUAAAACAGAAUUUGUAAGAAUAAUACAGAUGGCUAUUUGAUGUCGAUGAUGAUUUCUAAGGACUCUAUACUAGAUUAAUACAUCACCGACUUAAAUUUGUUUCACAAUUUUACUUUUUUUGCGGCAAGUGAUGAUAGAAAUAACGGAGAUGCAUUUCAAUAGUCUUCCAGGAAGAAAAACAAAAAAAAAUGGUCUAUUAAUUUAUGUGUCUGAAUCUCAGACAGUUCUGAAAGAAUAAUCGCAUAAUCGCUAAGACACAAUCAAAAAUAGUUGCAAAUUGUUCGAUCGUAUAACUCUUGUAGGACAGUAUAGUGUUAACUGAUAAAUUGUUCGUGAGUUGAAUUUCGAGCGUAUUUUUUUAAGUAACAGAAAAUAUAAUAAAUUUGGUAUCUGGCGCUGCAUAAAAUAUCGUUGACGUUAGGAAAUAAAUCACAAAUGAAUAGAAUAAAAUCUUCGUUAUUGUACUGUUGAGACGACGUUUGAAAAAACAAAAAAAGCACUUAAUCAUUCGUGAGCAGAAAUGAUCAUUUUACAUUGGGGUGAUUCCAACUGUUUACAAAUGAGCUCAAACGAGGAUAAUACAUUUUACGAGAGGACUGUUAUCGCUAUUAUUUUUCUUUUACAAUUCGUACCGAGUAUGUUAAGACAAAACUGAUACGGGGUGGGUGCAGUUGACCACACGAGACAACAAACACAGAUGUAAACCGACAAGAUGCGCUAUCAUAAUUUUAAGUUUGUAAUGAAAUAAAUCUUAACAAAUAUCUGAUAGGGACAAACAAAAACCUGGAACUUAUUAAUGUAAGAAAAUAAUGUAAAAAAAAAUACUACGGUCAAGAAAUAAACCUUUACUAAGA